GAAGCUGAUGAUAAUUCCUUUGCUAGCCCGAUCGGGUCGAAACAGAAAAGGCUGCCCCUGCUGAAAAUCCCUUUUCCGGCCAGAUUACUGUACAGAGAAGGGGAGCUGCGGGUCGCAGGGCUAACCACGAGAGGGAGGGGAGCGGAUGUCUUCAGCUUUAGAAGGUCGGGUAGUGAUAGUUAUCACGGAUCAAUUAAUGUGUGUGUGUGCAGAUGAAGGCGUACACAACACUACUAACGCAACCAUCUAAAAGCCGGAACUACGCCUUCUUCGGAGAGUGUCCGGGACUCAGUAGAGGGAAGGACCCGCUCCAGGCUUACAGGAACCGGAAGAGACGGGGCGCUUCCUGCUGCGCAGAGAUGCGGAUGAUUUGUGAUUGUUUGUGGAUUUAGAAGUCGGCAUGAGUCGUCUGCGGGAGGAAGACGAUCCGUAUGUGGUUGAGGAGCCCAGCGAUGAGGACCCGGCCGAAAGCAGCUCUGAAGAUGAAGUGGAUGUGCUUUUACAUGGGACCCCUGAUCAGAAGCGUAAGUUGAUACGGGAAUGUCUGACAGGAGAAAGCGAGUCUUCUAGUGAUGAUGAAUUCCAGAAGGAAAUGGAAGCUGAACUAGCCUCUACCAUGAAGAACAUGGAGGGCAAGUGGAAGUCACAACUUACUGGUGAUACUUCCAAUGCUGGGCAAUCUGGAACUACCUCCACUGCAAAGUAUUAUGAUGACAUUUAUUUUGAUUCUGAUUCAGAGGAUGAAGACAAAAAAGUGGCGCCAGAAGUCAGGAAAAAAAGAAAGCACCAACAGCGUCGAAUUCCAACUAAUGACGAGUUGUUUUAUGAUCCAGAAGAAGACAAUAGAGACCAGGCAUGGGUAGACAUGAAAAGAAGAGGGUAUCAUAGUGUGAAAAGUACACAGUCACAACAGCAUGUCAAACAUCCUGCGAUCCCUAACAGUGACGCUGUUUUGAACUGCCCUGCUUGCAUGACAACGCUGUGCCUUGACUGUCAGAGGCAUGAAUCAUACAAAACUCAGUAUAGAGCAAUGUUUGUGAUGAACUGCACUGUUAUCAAAGAAGAGAUUUUGAAAUACAAAGAACCAUUGAGUAAGAAGACAAAGAGAGGGCGCAAGACACUCAAACAGAAUAGUGAAUCCAUUGCUGGUCUGGAAAAACAGGAAGAGGAGGAGAUAUAUCAUCCAGUAAAAUGUACUAAAUGUUCAACUGAGGUGGCUGUUUGGGAUAAGGAUGAGGUCUUUCAUUUUUUCAAUGUCCUAGCAAGCCAUUGCUAAGAUGCAAACACAACAUUGUUUAAGACUUCAUUCAGGUUCCAAAGCAGAGGGUGGGUUUAUUUCUUUUAAUUUUCCCUUUGGAUGAUUUGUUCUGAGGUUCCCCUACUAAUCUGAUGUGGAUUUUUACCCUUGACAUUCUCUGUAUUGAUUAAUUGUAAACUUUACUGUGUACAUAAGUGUUUUGUUCGUAAACUGAUGCUUAUCUGUGUAUUCUUGUUUAGUGCAGUAGAACAGUUAAAAGCAAAAUGAUCAAGGCAGGAUUCCAAAGCUUGUACCUGUUUUUUCCAGUUUUGUUGUAAGCUUCCUUGAGUCCCAGCUUUGGAAGAAAACUGGGAUGUAUAUCAAUCACACAGAUAAAUAAAGUAGAUGGAUGCCAUAAAACAGACAUUGCCAUCAACAAACUCUG